AUGGACGAACUCCAAAGUGUCGGAUUUGGCAUUGCUCUUGGAAUUAUCAUUCUCUCAAUUCUGACGGUGUACCCGGGUGAACCAUUUGACUACUCUAUCGAUCUUAAACAAAGCGAAGACUUUUUAUCAACAAGCUUGUCAAAACGUCGUUAUGCGUCCUUCAGGAAAAAUGAAAGAGAGGAUCACUUUGCUGUAAUCGAUAAUGCUACUGAGCGUGUAAGAUCAAAGAAAUUAAAGGAACCACUUGACCUGGAAAAUGACAAGACUCAGCAGCUAAUGGAAUCUUUUCAACAAGAAAUUUCCGCUGCGAAAACAUCUGAAUCGUCUCCAUCCUGCACCAGCAGUAAAAGUGCUUGGCUUUAUCGCAUCUUCAUUCUCUUCACCAUUGGAUUUUUUGUUUGGAUAUUCGAUGACUUCAGCCUCAAUGUGUUUGUCAUUUUAAAGCACAUCUUUCCAAAAGAAGCUCAAGCAAUUCAUCAAGUAGCUACUGCAUCUUAUAAUCUAUGGGCCACACCAGGUAUCACCUUUAAAAUGAAUCUGCAAAGCUACUCACCAUUGCGUGGUCUACCGCGAAAUCUUUCAAGCUUCUAUCGUUUAUUCAGACCAUAUCAAGUAUCCUAUGUGUCUACCUCGUCACAUGUAUCAUCCAGCGUACCAGUAAAGGCUACAACUAAAAAGCGCAAGAAGCAAAUGCGUUUAGCAAAUCUGCCUAUAUUUUGGCCAAUUGCUGGUGUCGAUGAGCCACCACAACUACGUCCACACGAAGUUAAUAUUGUGAAUCGACUAUUUAAAGAAAAAAGUACGUUAAUCACAUCAACUUCAGAUCCUAAUGACUUGCCAGAUUGGAAUAUUCCUGAGAUUGCGUUUGCUGGUCGCUCAAACGCUGGAAAAUCAUCUUUAAUCAAUGCAUUAACUGGUCAAAAAACACUUUUGAGGACUUCAAAGACACCAGGACGCACACAACAGUUGCAUUUCUUAAGUGUUGGUGGAAAAAAAGGGAGUUUACCAGAUUUAUCACUUGUGGAUAUGCCUGGCUUUGGAUUUGCUACAGCACCAAAGAAAGUAGUAGAUGAGUGGCACACUUUGGUUGGUGGAUAUAUCGAUAAUCGACGUGGAAUUAAUCUGAAGACAACGAUGUUGCUAAUUGAUGCGAGACGAGGAAUCGGACCGGCUGAUCAUGAUUUUAUGGACUUUUUGCAUGACUUAGGAGCUUUAUAUCAAGUUGUGUUUACGAAAGUUGAUACAGUGACUCGAAGUGAGCUAGAAAAACAGAUUGAUAAAGCGCAGGAAGUGGCGCUUAGUGCUACGAGAAUGAGUAUGAAUCCAAUUAUCCAAGUGACGAGCGUCAAGCAAGGAUCUGGAAUUAAAGAGCUACAACGUCAACUUGUUAGUAUGACGGGAUUUUUGCAAGAUUCACGAUAA